GUUCGUCUAAGAGUUAGUAAUUUUACAAAAAGGGAGUGUACAUAUUCCUCCUCGCUCGCUUUCAUCGGAAUAAAACCCUUAACUGAUUUCGGCUCACCGGCCCAGUCAGCACGAGCUGCAAGGGCGUUCCUGAUACUCAUCAGCCCGCGAGGCAAAAUUUCCGAAAUACCUUCGUGAUAUUUAUCGUUGCGGGCAUUGUGGCUCUGGCUGCUCACCACUUCACGGAAACUUGAAGGGAACCGAACUUGGCAGUUAUUUUGCUCCUCUCGCCUACGCUCAGAAACUCUACAGAAAAUGUCUAUCAUUUCCCCUUCUCGAUGCUCCUGGCUACGUGCUCGCGUAGAAUACAAACAUCGUCAUCGUCGCCCUCUCAUCGUCCGUACACCCUUCGCCGUGGAGAGAUCAGGGCAGAAACCCGAAGACGACAACAAGCCUCGGAGUUUUCCAAGCAAUGGCGGCUCAACCGGCAGUUUUCGAGGUCCUGGUGCUGCUCCCCUUCGAAUGGAGACCACGGACCAGCGCAAGUUUGGUUAUGGUGGAGACGGCAUGCCCCCGGACGAUGGCGAUGGCGAUGGUGGUUGGGAGCCAGGUGGAGACGGCAGUGAACCAAGCCCUUUCGGGCUGUUUAUACUCCUGGCUGCAGGGGCAUGGGCGUUGUGGGAAUACAGAAAGCCAGGUGGUAGUCUCAACCCACAAACAAAAUUGGACCUCGCGCAAAAACGAUAUGAGGCGCAGCUUGCAGCUCGUAAGAAAAGAAUCCUGCGACAAAAUCAGCAGAAGCAGGGCGGAGGGACAGGAACCAUCAACAUCAAACCUUGAGAUGGCUGCAUGUUACCUCCGUACAUGGUAAAGGAAACACCUAGCAACGGCCGCUCGCCUUGCCGCAACUGACUUUCAUUCGAGCACGCUGCACUUUUCUGUUCUUCGGUUUUUUCAAAUGGAAAAUAACACUCGCUGUGCUAGAUGCGGUGUAUCAGAACACACUCAAAUGUUUUUUGCAGGUUUUGCGAGUGUUUUAUAAUAACAUGCUUUUAAAAUC